CUGUUGACGCGCACGCAAACAGCUUUAGCGUGACGUGAGGUGACGAGGAAACGCAGACGCUGUUUACGCAGAUGGUUGUUUGUUGAUAGGACAAACUUAUUGAUAUUAAAAUCAUCUGGAGCUGAUCUUAAACCAGCAAGAUGGGUGAACGUAAAGGAGUGAACAAGUACUACCCUCCUGAUUUCGAUCCAGCCAAGCAUGGCUCCAUCAACGGCUACUGGAAAACGCACCCGCUACGGGAGCGGGCCAGGAAACUUUCUCAGGGCAUCCUCAUCAUCCGAUUUGAGAUGCCGUAUAAUAUUUGGUGUGAUGGCUGUAAGAAUCAUAUUGGCAUGGGGGUACGAUACAAUGCAGAGAAGAAGAAAGUGGGCAAUUACUACACAACUCCAAUAUACAGGUUUAGGAUGAAGUGCCAUCUGUGUGUGAACUACAUAGAGAUGCAGACAGACCCGGCCACCUGUGAUUAUGUCAUCGUGAGUGGAGCGCAAAGGAAGGAAGAAAGAUGGGACAUGGCCGAGAACGAGCAGAUACUCACUACUGAGCACAGUGAGAAAGAGAAGCUGGAGACAGAUCCAAUGUAUAAAUUAGAUCACGGAGGAAAGGAUAAAGAAAAGUUACGCGCCGCCAUCCCAUCUCUGAAUGAGCUUCAAGAGCACCAGUCCGGGUGGAAGGACGACUUUCAACUUAACAGCGCCCUCCGCAGGAAGUUUAGGACUGAGAAGAAAGUGAUUGCUGAGGAGGAGGAGAAAGACAAUGCAGUGCGAAUGAGGACUGGUCUGUCCAUCCCCUUGUUACCAGAAAAAGAAGAAGAUAAAAAACUGGCGUCAUUGCUCACCUUCCAGAGUCUAGACUCAUAUGACGACAGACAGCAGACAAAAAGGCAACAGAUAUCGUCUCGUUCCUGGUUCAGUAGCCCAUCUGCAGCAGCAGGAGGAGCCGCUGGGAGCCUCUUGCAAAAGUUAGGCCAGCAGGGUCGAGGAGCAGCCGUGGCUAAAGCACUCAGCUCUACGACACCAAGUUCGCACAUCCUGGUACGCAGGAAGUCUGAAAGCAGUAAAACUGAAAGCGCCAAUGUUAUGAUCUCUAGGUCGUCUCCUGACACUAACCCAGCAGCUCUGGACAUAAACCCCAUGGACUCACAUUGUCCUCUAAAAACUGAUGUGAAUUCAAGCACAGACGCAAACACUCACAGCUGCACUACAGAGACGCAUAAAGGAAGCCCAUCAGAGGAGGACAAAGGCUUUGACUUGUGUUCUGGAAAGUCUCUGGUUGCAGAUUACAGUGACUCUGACUCGGGCAGUGAUGUCUGAUUUAUACUUAAAUUGAAAUUAUAACAUAGCUGUGACUCCUAUACAUAUCAUCUUAUGGUAAGCAUAAGAUGUUAGUAAUUAUUUACCCCAAAAAAUAAACUCUUUCAU